AUGGUCAAGAGAAAGGUUGCGGCGCUGGAAAAGCUCGAUGCGGACCUCGCGAGUCUGCAGUACAAGAUUCGGCGGGAUCCCAAGUCAUACAAGGACGACUUUUUAAAGCAAUGGGAACAAUAUGAGUCGCAGCGGGAAAUCUUUCUCGCCUCGCCAACCGCUGGCACGGCCGAUUCGAUCGAAUCCUUUCACAACAUGAUCGACCUGAUUGCGCAUGUGGCGGACUGCUAUCCUGACGAGACAAGGACGUACCCGGACGACCUGAAGUUGAUCCUGACCGAACAUCAUGCCACCUUGAAUCACGACCUUCGAGACAAGAUGGUGGGCAGUCUGGUUCUUCUCCGGCGCAAAGAUGUCAUCGACUCGGCCAGCUUACUCACCACCUUGUUCCCCAUCCUGGUCUCGUCGCCGAGCAAAAGCCUGCGCGAGCUGCUCUUCCACAAGAUUCUCAGCGACUUGCGAAACUCCAAUUCCAAGUCCAUCAACCACCCCCUCAACCGCACUGUCCAGACCGUCUUGUACAACCUGGUGACGGCGGAUCGAGCGUCUCCCAGGGCCAUCUGGGCCGUGAAGCUGACUCGCGAGCUGUGGAAACGCCAGAUCUGGACCGACGCCAAGCCUGUGGAUGUCAUGAAGGAGGCCUGCCUGUCGGACAACGAAAAGGUGGUGAUUGGCGCCACGCGUUUCUUCCUCGGUGGAGACAAAGAGCGGGAAGAGCUCGAGGACGACAGCAGCGACGAGGAAAUCGACCUGACCAAGGUCCGGCAUCAGUUCGGUAUCAACAAAAAGACGAAAAAGAUGAAGAAGGUGUACGAAAAGGCAGUCAACAAGGUUCGACGGGACGAGCGCAAAAAGUCCAAGCCCCAUCCGCUCAACUUUUCGGCCCUUCACCUGCUGCAUGACCCCCAGGGCUUCGUGGAGCAACUCUUCUCGAAGCAUUUGCAAAACACGAGGUCGAAACUGUCGCUGGAUUCGAGGAUUCUUGCUUUGCAGCUCGUUACCAGACUGGUGGGCUUGCACAAGCUGACAGUGGUGUCAAUGUAUUCUUGGUUCAUCAAGUACCUUUCGCCGAGACAGCAAUCCGUCACCAGCAUCCUCGCGUGCUUGGCGCAGGGGGCGCACAACUUGGUCCCGCCCGACGUUCUUGAGCCCCUGAUCCAAAAGAUUGCAAACGAGUUCGUCUCGGAAGCGGCAGCUUCAGAGGUGGCCGCCGCAGGCCUCAACGCCAUCCGCGAGAUUUGCGCCAGACAGCCCCUGGCAAUGACGGACACGCUGUUGCAGGACCUGGUCCAGUACCGCAAGAGCAAGGACAAGGGCGUCAUGAUGUCGGCCAAGGGCCUGCUGUCGCUGUACAGGGAAGUGGGCGCAGAGCUUCUGCAGAAGAAGGACCGCGGCAAGAACGCCACGAUUGGGCUGAAGAGUGGAUUGCAGCAGCAGAAAAAGUUUGGCGAGGAAGCCGUCGGGGGCAUCGAAGGUCUCGAUCUGCUGGCGAGCUGGAAGGAAGAGGAGAAGAAGCGGAAGCGGCUGGCCAGGGGUCUGCCGGAAACGCCGGGUAGCGACGAGGAAAAGGACCAAGAGGAUGACGGCUUCGACUCUGACGAGUGGGAAGUCGGCUCCGAGGACAGCAGUGACUCUGGUGAAUGGAUCAACGUCCAUCACUCCGACGACGAAGCGCCAGCUCCCAAAAAGCAAAGGAACAGGGGCAACGACGGCUCGUCCGGCUCGGGCGAGGACGAGGACGAGGAUGAGGAUGACCGAGAAAAGUCGGAGGACCCAGAGUCCUCGGCCGACCAGCACCAGCGCAUGCAGCUCCUCGCCACAACCACCAUCCUCACGCCGGCCGACCUGCAAAAGCUCCAGGAGCUCCGCGCCGCAGCCGCCAUCGAAAGCGCAGCAGGCGGCAACCGCCGCAAGGGCCCCAACGCCCCGGAGGCGCGACACACCGACGACGGCCUAACAGCUGAGAACAUCGAGGCCCCCGCAAAGCUGCGCAGGCUGACCAAGGAGGAAAAGGUUGCGCUGGCCAAGGAAGGCAAGCCGGACAGAGAGGAGCACAAGUCGACGCAGGCCAUCAGGAAGAGCAAGAAGGAGGCGGCGGGCAAGAGCACGAGCAAUAGGGAGAAGCAGCGGAAGAAGAAUUUCCUCAUGACGCUGGGCAAGGCCAAGAGCAAGCAGAAGAGGAGCCUGGUGGAGACGAGGAAGGUGCUGAGGGGGCACGUGGAGAGGAGUACGAGGGGCGGUCGAAGGCGGAAUUUUGCGUAG